ACACACCACCACCCCCUUCAGUAGGUUCACAUCUCUCCCAUACCUUUUAAAACUCCUGUUUUGGUUAACAUAAGCAUAGUAACAAAGAUGGACGAAUGUGAGCAGUAUCAAAAACUUCAGACAGAUAAGCAGCGUCACUUCCUUGUGAAGCCCAUUUUGCAGUUUCUUGUACCACUCUCUUUAUUAUCAUUCCUUCUCUUCUUCUACUCUUCAGGCUUCUUCCACUGCUUCAAUUUUGAGUUGUUCUCAACAACGCUUUUCCCAUUCUUCACCCUUACCGUUGAGAGGAAGUACCUGUUCCUCAUUUGUAAUGCCAUCCUUGUGUUUAUUGCUAAGGAUUCCUGUUCCAGUGUUUCUUCUCCGGCUGAGGGCGACUUCAAUGCAAAGUGUAUUAUUAAUGACGAUUAUGUGAAGCCAGUGGCGUCUACCAAAGUUGCCAUGGGAAGUAGUACUGUACAAUCUCCACGGAAAGUUGAACAAGUAGCAGAAGAGCAAGAAAAUGCAUUUUUUAAUACAGACUUGGAGGGAACACAAAACAGUGCUAUAGUUAUAGAAUGUGAUUAUGAUGAAGAUGACCAAAGAGAAGAAUCGGAAUCGGAAUCGGAAGAAAGUGGGUCACUGAUUCCAGCAUCAUCAGCACAAGGCAAAGGAAAUGAACUAAAUUUGAAUACAGAUGAAUUGAACAGAAAAUUUGAUGACUUCAUAAGGAAGAUGAAGGAACAAAUCAGGAUUGAAGCUCAAUGUCAACUAAUCAGUGUGUAAAGUACAGCAUAAGCUGAAAGGCGUUCUCUCUUUUUAGGUGGCUAAGAACUCUCAUUUUGUCAACCUUUCAAUACCUUUUGUUGUUUGUAAAAUGGGACUUGUUACACUCAAACCCUCCUGAUGUUUUAGGUCAUUUUUUACAUAUAUGAAAAUUUUGAUUUUAAUUUUA